UAAACGCUUAUUGACUGAUUCCCCCCUUUCCACUCUGCAGUGAGUCGAUAAGAGCGUGGACAAUACGCUCAGGUGAGCGGCUCUUUUUCUUUUCGCCGUGGAUUAUUCUAAGAUGCCUGCCAGCUCUGUGAAGGAACACCUGAUGAGUGGCUCAGUCCAUAGCCUCAAGAAGGCACGGAACAUUGCUUAUUAUAUCGUGCUAGCUUCAUAAGUCAUAGACGGGAAACAUUUUUUCUUUAAGAGACAUGCAAAUUCGAAAUGGAUUAGACUGAAAUCAUCUCUUUAAAGUACACCAAGGAAAGGCUGACAGAAAGCCCCCACCCAAACCCCCUCAGAAUGCUUGCAUGUCCCCGGGGAGCAUGACAGCUACACAGGAAAGAUGCAGUGAGCCCUGCUUGUGAUGGAUAUGGAGGCUGAGAUAGAGGGGUUCCUGAGGGACAGCUUUGGGGCCCCAAACAUCACAAAUUGCACGGGGUCCCCCGGAGACGGGCUCGGGGCGCGGCUGUCGACCGAGAGGAUGGUAGCGGUGGUCUUCUUGGUGGCGCUGACCCUGUGCACCACCCUGGUGAACGUGGGCGUCAUCACGGCCAUCUGCACCACCCGAAAGCUGCACCUGCCCGCCAACUACCUCAUCUGCUCGCUGGCCGUCACGGACUUCCUGGUGGCGGUGCUGGUGAUGCCGCUCAGCAUCCUGUACAUCGCCAGGGGGACGUGGUCGCUGGGCUGGGUGGUGUGCGAGGCGUGGCUGAGCCUGGACAUGACCUGCUGCACCUGCUCCAUCCUGCACCUGUGCGUGAUCGCGCUGGACCGCUACUGGGCCAUCACCAACGCCAUCGAGUACGCCCGCAAGCGGACCGCCCGCCGGGCCGCCGUCAUGGUGGCUGCCGUCUGGGCCCUGUCCGUCUUCAUCUCCGUGCCGCCGCUCUUCUGGAGGUGGAGGCGGGGCCCUGGUGCCCACGGCCACGCCCACUCCCGCUGCGUCAUCGAGCACGACCACGUCGGCUACACCAUCUACUCCACCUUCGGGGCCUUCUACAUCCCCAUGAGCCUCAUCCUCCUCCUGUACUACCGGAUCUACAGCACCGCCAAGACCCUGUACCAGAAGCGGGGCUCCAGCCGCCACCUGAGCAGCCGGAGCACCGACAGCCAGAACUCGCUGGGCCACUGCCGGGUGGCGCACACCUGCGUGUCGGGCCUGUCCUCCUCCUCCGACCCCGCCCUGGAGUUCGACCGGCUCAACGCCGCCGCCCGCUGCCCGUCCUUCGAGGCGGAGGCGGACGGAGCGUACGAGAAGAGCCAGAUCUGCUCCUCGCGGGAGAGGAAGGCGGCCCGGGUCCUGGGGCUCAUCCUGGGGGCCUUCGUGCUCUGCUGGCUGCCCUUCUUCAUCAAGGAGCUGCUGGUGGGCCUGCGCGUCCUGCACCCCUCGCCCCCUGUGUCUGACCUCCUCACCUGGCUGGGCUACAUCAACUCGCUCGUCAACCCCUUGCUCUACACCAGCUUCAACGAGGACUUCAAGCUCGCCUUUAAGAGGCUGUUCAGGUGUAAGGAGCACGUGUAGAUCUAGUGGAAAAACUGUGACAGGGCUCAGGACAAUCAACAGUUAGGGAACUGGUUAUAUGAUGCAGCUGCAUUCUACUCAAUAUUUUCAUAGUCAAGCUUUCUCUUUUUUUCUUUUGAAGUAAAACUGUCAGUAAAGACUGUUGUUUCCCCAGGGUGACACAUGAAUACAACUCUGUAUAAGCCAGGAAAGUAUUCGGCCUUGAGGCUUGACUAGGAUUUUUUAAAAUACGUAAGCACAAACACACAGUCAAGAAUCCAUUCAAUUUUUUUAAAUUAAAUGCCGAAACUUCUUAGUUAUGUUGUUGUGUGAUAAUGCCUCUAGAUGUUGCUUUUAACAGGAAAUCAUAUUAAUUGCCUCUUAAUUGCCAUUGUUGAUAUCAGGCAGGGGUCAUGCUAAUGGUUUUCAAUGGCACUGAAGUCACUAUCAUUAAUAUAUCAAGCUCAUUACUCAUAUACUUUUAAUUUCUCAUAAUAAUUUGUACGCUGCCAUUUGGCUUAAUUUUAUCUCUUAUCGUUUAUCUUUUUUUACAUUUGUGAAAAUAAAUUAAUAAAAGCAUUUGCAUAAUGUUCUUAAUGCAAAAGAAGAGUUACAAAAUUCUAAUGACAUCAUUAUUAGACAUGCAAAACCACAUUUCAUAAUGUCUUGAAUCACUGAAUCUUUUAAAAUAGCAGUUUUGCCUGAACAAUAACUGAUAUAUUAAACAUUAGUCACUGAAACAAAAUUUGAUGUGCCAUUGAUUAAUCAUUCCAACAACCUGUGCACUCAGGAAUAAUCAAACAUGCGAUUCAUUUUUUGAAAUUUAUGUAAAUCAUUGAAUCGAAUCUGAAUGAUAAAUUAUGAAUGAUUAUACAAGAAUUUAACAGCAAGGUUGCUCCAGUGGAUUUACUUGAUCAUUUACAUUUAGCCACAUGUUUUCAUCAAGAUCAUAUGAUAUGUCUUCAUCUGGGAAAAGAUGGGAGUAGUCUCCUUGCAUCUUUGGGAAAAUGUUCUUGCAUGAGACUUUAAUUCUUAAUCCCUGGUGUGACAUCAUAACACGCUUCAUGCAUUGCCUGAUGUCGUUGCUAUCAUAUACCUAUCUCGUCUAGGUGGAGGAAACUUCCGUAGAGGUAAGCAAUGCAGAGGAAUGGAUCAUAGCCAGCUUGUGUUUGCUUUAACAUGGAAGUAUUUAUUACAAAAGAAGUAGGACCAAGUAAAGUUGUCAGGUUAUUAUUGCUACUUCUGUCAAACUACAGGUUAACUGAGACUGAUAUUGCUAUAACUGUUUGCUUGUCUUUAGGUUUUGAAAAUAAUUAGUACAUGUAAUUUAUGGUCAGUGUACCUCAGAAAUAUGCUGUAAAACCAGACUACGCUGCACAUUCCAUGUUAACUUGCAAGUUCUCUGAAGAUAUGUCCCAGUGACAGAAGCUACUAUUAAUAUCUGCAGGGUCACUUGGACAACCAGCCAAGCCACUCAUGUUUAUUUCUUUGUUCACGGCGUGACCAACAAAUCAGGCUCAAAGUUCACAAUUGCACUUUAAGUGCACUUUAAGUGAUGUUGGCUCAGUGCAUGGAGCCGUAAUUCCCUCAGCAUCCAUGUCCAUGCCUAAGCCCAGCACGUCGUUGUAAAGUCUGCUCUAUGCCGUCAGACUCUGCCAUCUCCCUUGCAGCCUUUCAUAUUGCAUUAAGAACAUUAUACAUUACAUCUUCUUCCAUGCUCAGAAGUAAAUGCAAUUAUCACUGAUAAGAGGUUUGUCUUAGCCAAAGUUAUCAGAGUGUAGAAUUUUGGAAACAUAAUUGUGGGGAAAGGGAAUUUGCUAAAUGCACUUGUAUACAUUAUAUUUCCAUUUUUAGUGAGCGUUUUCAACUGAAUUUGGGGCUUUGUGGUGAAGGAUUUGAAAAGGCAUACUGUUGCAUAAAAUGUGUUUUGAAAAUAAAAAGAAUGAGGCAAGCAUAAGAAAUGGAACAUCAGAAAUCAUCCUUGAAACGUUUGCUGAAAUAGAAGUAGUUGCAUGACACAGAUAGCUCAGAAUGGCUUUUUGGUACUUGUGGGACAGAAAACAUGCUGAUCUGUGGCAGUUGUGUCAAUAGCAACACUCAAUCCAGGAUAUAAAGGAUGUAACAGUGCAGCUGAUCAUUGUCAAAAAGGAAAAAAGCACUGAGCCAGGUUUCUUAUUGAUUGGUGGUCAUAUUUCCAGCUCAUAAAGAUAGGAUUCAUCAUUAAAUGUGGUAGGUGUCCUGUUUUUAAAUCAAAAAACAUGUUUGCUUUUCCUCAGUAAUAAUGGAGGCCUUUAUGACCAGCAAUGUCUAUGAAAUUUCAAUUCUUAUCAAAGAUAAAACAUAGCACUGAAUCCCUUAUUUUAUUCUGUGUGCUCAAUCAUUCAAAGAUAUUUUCAAACAUCCAGAAAAUGUCCAACAAGCUACAUUCCUGGGAGCUUCCAUGUUACUCAUGUUCACACUUAUUGUAAAGCAUUUUUCCUUUAUUGUUUAUGGUAAUAUUAUUUCUUCAAUGUAACAUAUUAUGAUUUAAAUUUUCUAAACUCUUCAGAAGAGAAGUGCCUCGUCCAAAACAUUGUUUUCAGUAUAUAUUAGACAAAAAGCUGUCUCAUAGGCAGACUUACUUCCUGUUAUUUGGGAUUUUUGAGUGAACAAGUUUAUUAUU